AUGGAAGAGGCACAACCUGUGGCGGGCCGGGCUUUCUUGGUCUGUUUUUUUUUCUUGCUGAAUAUCGGCGUCCCCAUCGUGUCCCACUUCGUGUUUUCUUGCUCCGCCUGCGAUCCCGACCACCAGCGGCCGUACGACGCGGUUGUCCAGCAGUUGUUCUCGCUGUUUGCGGCGGUUUCUUUUGCCAGUCUCUCGUCUUUUGCGCGUAAAUAUGGACUCCGCAGGUUUCUGUUUCUCGACAAGCUUUGUGAUGAAAGCGAGAGAGUUCGGCAAGGAUAUACUCACCAGCUUCAUAGAUCGAUGAAGCUCCUAUCGACAUUCGUCCUCCCCUGUUUCUUUAUGAACAGCUUGUACAAGAUAUGGUCGUUCAGUUCGGUUGGAAAUCAAAUCCCGUAUUUAUACAACGUGUAUUUAAGCAAAGUAAUUGUGUGCAUACUACUAAUGUGGUCGUGGCUGUGCCGGAUCUCGAUAUGUUUCCUCGUGUGUGUUCUGUUCCGCCUCUCGUGCUGUCUCCAGAUACUGAGACUUGAGGAGUUUGGUCAGGUCUUUGAGAAGGAAUCUGACGUGGCAUCCAUCCUGAUCGAGCACCUUAGGAUAAGACGGCACCUUAGGGUCAUAAGCCACCGGUUUAGGCUCUUCAUUUUGUUGACUUUGAUUUUGGUGACCAUAAGUCAGUUACUUUCGUUGCUGGUUACUCUCGAGCGCAGCUCGCCAGUAAACCUCUCCACGGCUGGGGAGCUCGCUCUAUAUAUGCUCGAUUACCCUAGUGACGGGUCUCUUUAUAUGCUUGAGGAGUGCAGCCAAGAUAAAGCACAAGGCCCAGGCUGUGACGUUAUAUGCUUGAGGAGUGCAGCCAAGAUAACGCACAAGGCCCAGGCUGUGACGUCCCUUGCUGCCAAGUGGCACGUCUGUGCCACCAUCGACACGUUCGACGAGCUGCCUGAUGACACCUGGACGAUGUACCAGAUCAUGCCAGCUGGGACAGGAUGUGAGAUCGCUGCCGCCAGCUGGGACUCAGAUAGCGAGGCAGACGAUGUGCUCGACAACACCAAACUCGUCCCUAUCUACACAAAUACCAUAUCCUACCAAAAAAGACAAGCCAUAGGCAAGACUUUGCUGCACACGAUAUUCGCUAUUCAGCUCUCUCUGACAUUGCGGAUUUUGAACAAGACGAUCGGCAUUUCGUGA